CUCCUGUCGGUCAGUGUGCUUACGUGCACCCAGUGAGGUCCUGAUGACGACAUCGACGGUGCAGUGCAGCUAACAUCAGCCCCUCGGAGCCUUCAGUCCGUUUACUGGGUCAUUUCUUACCUUAGAGGACGGUGAAUCAGCAGUCCUGUAUACUAAACAGGAGAACGAGCUUUCCAUCAUGAACUGCGACAUAGAUGGAGACAUGGAGAACCAGGUGGAGAUGGAGGAGAAGACGAGGUUAAUAAACCAAGUUUUGGAGCUUCAGCACACACUUGAAGACCUGUCAGCACGAGUCGACGCAGUCAAGGAGGAAAACCUGAAGUUGAAGUCUGAGAACCAGGUCCUCGGUCAGUACAUCGAGAACCUCAUGUCGGCCUCCAGCGUCUUCCAGACCACCGACACUAAGAGCAAACGGAAGUGAGCUGUGAGCCGAUAUAAAGCCUGAGGUCCCAGGUGGGAGAGGAAACCCAAGACAUGGAGAGGGGUUUGUUUUCUCAGCGGACCUUACUGUUUCCUGGAAACUCUCUUACCUGAGUCCAAACUAACUAAAUCAUUCAAAACAUUAACUGACUUUAUCGCCUGUCCAGUGGCUCAGAAAUUGAUAUAUCAUGUGUGUGUGGCCCAGGUCUUUUUGGCAGACAAGGUAGUUUAAGUGUUUAAUGAUCAUUUGUACCAUGAGUUUCUUCUUCGGCUGUGAAAUAAUUCAUAGCUUUGUUUCGCCUGCUUGGUUUUCAGUUUAAGGACAACUCUGACAUUUCUGUGGUUUUUCCCCAAUGUUCUCACAGUGUUCUCGUCCUGGCUGAUCUGUGAGUGGGCUUAAAUAAACCAUUAAUAUUACAAAUAACCAUUGGACCACCAACCUCACCUUCAACACUGAUUUAUUUAAUUUAUUAUUGUACAGUAUUUUCUACGUCAGCUGGAACUGAGAUUGUAGUAGCUCUCAGAUGUCAUGGUGUCUGUGUAAAGCAUGACCGUAUUCCUCCAAUUAAAAGCUGAGAAACUGGAAAGUGUUACUGAUAAUGAAAAGAAACCUUAUUUGGCAUGUGUGAGUCAUACAACUCUGAAAUGGUUUUAACAGUUUAGCAUAUCUAAUGAAAUUGCAUUAAAAUAAUAGUCAUUGAAAUUAAGUUAAUAAAAAGUAUGUGGAUACAUCUGUACAUACACGGACAGCUCUGCAUCAGUGAAAGUAAAAGCACAGUGAAACUAACGGUUUUGUUAGAAACCACUCCAUGAAGCUGUAAAGCUAGACCAACAUCAGUGAUGAUUGAGUUUGAAAUCACCAAGACCUGGUGUUAAUAUCCGUCCUCAGAGAUCUGAUCAGAAGUAGACAGCUUCAAAUACGUGUUUCACACCUGAAGUUAAGAUGCGUCCUGAAUGUGUCUCACUUCCCUGCUCUAUGCACAAAUAAUCAUGCACGUCAUUUGUGCUCGAAAUAAUGUCGUUUUAACCCAGUCUGAGUUUACAGCUGUGUUUGGUGUCGGUAUGAGAGACAGAGUUAGUAGCGACUGAGUGAUGUUCGUGGUGUUGGAAUAGUUGUAAAAAUGUCAUGUUAAUGCCACCUCAAGUCAACCUGGAGAGGCCCUGAAUAAGCUUGGUAUACAAGUUGUGUCCUUCAUCAUAAUCUAAUGAACAUCAUUUUACAAUCAGCUCUAAGUAGUAGCUUUUAAUGUGAACUACCUGUCCAUCCCUUACACUACACUUUUUAGUCAAUACAGACGUUCUUAUGAUUUAAUGUUCAGAUGUUUUAAAGUAUCCAAAUAUGCUCACCUGAUCCUUCCUUUGCUCUGUGUUAUUAUGAAAAUAUUUUAAACAGGUGUCACUGUGUUGUUUAAAUGCGCUAAACACAAAUAAAACACAUUUCUUUUUACACUGUCAAUGUUUUUCUACAUUCUGACUUGGAAACACAAGUCAGGACAACGUCGCAACAACUCAUAAAAUGGGCACCUCUGAUGAGCAUGUGAAUGCAGAGUGACUCAAUUAACUAUGUUCAGCUCUGCUAUGGAGUAAUAUUUCUAAAAUAAAAGAAAUCAAUGUGGUCAAGCUUUUAGCACUGACAAGAAUAAAAGUACUGACAGUUCAUUGAUAACCCCUUGUGGACGAAUGUAGCGAAUUUGCCUCAAACCCCAUUCCGGUCUUAAUGCCGCAGAGGUGACGAUUGUGCCUGAUGGUGCAAAUACUACACAUACCAAGGAAGGUAUUUGAAGCACUCUGCCGCCAUCUAGUGGUCAGAGUGGAAAAUAAAUACUAGUCCCUUGGGACUGUGCAGCAAAGUUAUUUUGAGGUAUUAAGCUGUAUUUGAAAUACUGUGAUGAUGGAACAGCAAUGAUUAUAGCAGCACCAAUAUGCAUACCAGAGCCUGUAAACAUUUUUUUAAAUUAAGGUUAGGCCCCAUUAUGCAUAAUGUCGCUAAUUUGCCUCAUACCUUAAUUCUAUAUCUACUGUACAUGCUAUAUUGAAAUUAAAUAUCUCCAAUUAAUUUAGCAUCUGUAUGACAGCCAAAAACACAUAAUAUAUUUUUUUAUUAUAGGAAAUUAAUUCAGGCAUUAAGGGGUCAAACUGUAGCAGGGUAGACAGGUUAGUAGGCGAUCCUUCAUUUGUGGUCCAGGAUGCAUUUGUGCAGACACUAAAUAGUGUGGUCACAGCUCUGAAUUUGAUGAGAUCUAAGGAUAGGGUAAAAGCUGACCACUUGGGACUGGAUCACUGAGGGCGGUUAUAAACACCCGGUCUGAACAGGAUCCAUGACACAAGACUUUCUGUCUGAGCUUCAAAGUAUCUGCAACCCUUUAAAAUGAUCAAGUCAUACGUUCAUACGUGACUUUAAUGCAAGAUUGAUGCAGUAAGUGAUUAGGACACAAAGACAAACUCUGUAUUUUAGUUUGUGUCCUUCUGCUGAUAUAGUGACAGGGAGGAGGAGAUUAGGGGCAAAACAAAAAAACCCACCAGAUACUUCCUCCUUUAAUAUGAAGAACAAAAGCAGUAAAGAGGCCUUGAGUGCUUAUUGAUCCACUAAGUCAGGUCUGGAAAACAUCUCCUGCUAGAGGAUGGGUCUGACCGUAAAAUGUGAUAAUGUUUUGACUGUACAGCAGAGGAGGGUGUGUCCUUUGCUGCCUCAGUUAGAAACAAAGGGAUAAAUUGUCAUCUGAGAUAAAAAAAAACAAAAAAACAAUCUGGACAAGCUUUUUAUUCCGUUUAAACUUAAGAAUCGAGUAAAAUAACAUCUUGAAAUCAAUGAUGUGUUUGUUAAAAUCCAGGGACUGAGGUGCUGUUGGAAAGUGAUGUUACAGGAGGCUUUAAACAAUGUAUAUGCUGUAAUCUAUUAAGGUUAAUUACAUUUUUUUACAGUUGUACAGUAGUUCAUUAAUUUGUCUGAUGUGCUGAAUAUGUUCUAGCUGCACACACCCUGGUACCAUCUUGUCUUGUGUGUAGACAACCUGCACCUUAGCAUUAUAAAUAUUUGUUUCUGUUUUAAUAAAAACCUAAGAUCA